CAUAAUCUGGCGAUGGAAGAGAUUGCCCAGUUGAGACAGGAGCUUGUCCAGCUGAAGAACAUGUAUAGCUUAAAUCAAGAUUUGUCCGAUGUAGACACAGGCUCACUAAAUGUUGGCCAGAAAUUACAGCAACAGGCUGGGCCCAGCUGGAAUACAAACGCAAUCGUGCGACGGAGCGGUAAUUGGCCGGGCAAAGCAGGAAGACAGCAGUCAUAUUUCCAUGUGGAAGCUGCUGACCACAGAUCAGAGAGAAGCGUACAGCUGGCUCCACCAAGCUGGAAAGUGCCCGAGCAAUUUCCUCAGAACGUCGCUGGCCCAGGCGAUUUAGAUCCAGCACAGGAGUUAAUGGGGCCUCUUGACAAUCCUGGUACUGAGCAACCAAAGAUAGGGGGCUACCUGGAUGAUCAGGCAGAUGCACAGCGCGUUGCGAUUCCUGGACAGUUGGAUGCAGUUGGCUAUCCAGGAGAGGAAGGAAUUGCCCUGCACUUGGAUAAUAACCAUGGUGAUUAUGCGGACGACCUCAAAUAUCAAAACGGCAUUGAGGAUGCUGGGGUGGAUGCUGUGAAUAAAAUAGGAGAGGAGCCUCUAGCACAGGUUUAUCCUAAUGACCUUGAUUCAGAGAGAGAUGAAGAGGAUGAUGAUAAGGAGGAAGAAGAUGGCAUAAGAUCCAUCUAAACAUAAAGUCAUGUGGCUGUUGUAACUGAUGUCGAUAUUGGUCAUAAUCCAUCAUCAUGUUGGAUUAUAUCUUGUUAGGAAGAAGUCGUUAUCAUGAUAAUGAUCAUAUGCGUUGAUUCUACGGCCUACGUAACUUUAUUAUAUGCAUUAUAGGAAAACAUGGACUAAAAUUUAUAUUCGGAUUGUCCCACCUUAUUAUAUAUUAACUUAAUUAGUUCUUGUAGGUGUGUAACAUAUCCAUUUUUAUUGGUUAGUUUAUACGGAUGAAAAAACAGCCAAGAUUACAAAGGCGAGGGUCUCAAACUAUUAUGGACAGUGAAUAUUCUUUUAAGUUGAAUCUCACUUAAUUUUAAUCAUUGUUUUUGGAUUCUGUAAUGCUGCAGUUCAUAAUUAUUUUUGCCAAUUGUUCUUUACCUUUUAACGAUCAUGUGAUUCAUAUGCCUGCUAAUUGAGCCGUUUUGAGUCUACUUGAAAAUGCUUUAUUUAUGAAUUUUUUAUCACUGAUUCAAAGACUGGAUUAGAUUUUAAAAUACUAGUAAUUGCCUAUGUGGAACCUGUGAAAGUAUUUUAUUUGUCAGAAUAGAUUUAAUGGCCUUGAUAUUAUUUGUGAAUUCAUUACACCAAUAUUUAUAUAUAUAUAUAUAUAUAUAUAUAUAUAUUAAUUUGUACCCAAUUUCAUGUGCCAAUCCCCUUUCCAUGGUAUCAUAUGCUACCUGUAAGAUUUAGCCAUAAAUUCAAUGUGAAAUGCUUAAGACUACUCAGUAAAUAUUUUAAUAUAUAUAAAAAGCAUUUACAUUGUGUGAACAAGAAGAAUGUUCAACUUCUUUCACCUGUUAACAUAGCAGGUAUAUAUAUUGUUCUUAA